GUCCGCUCGGGCCAGUCCGCCAAUCAGAUCGGUUCGCGCCUUGGGCCCGCACGCGCGCGGUUAUCAAAAUGCGAAUGGCUCCAGAGCGGCGGGCGGCGGCAUUAAUUAAACGAUGUAUAACAAAAUAACUUAUAGCCGGCCGUAAUCGAGCACGGAGUCAAAGCACAAGCGACCUUCGCGCCGCGAACACAUCCUGCGUGCAUAUAGCACAAUAACAAAACAAAUACAAAGUACACAAUAAAUAAAACGACAAAAACUUCGCGGUCCGGUUUGGCUCUCUUCGUUUGCUUCGCGUUUAUAGCGAAAGAGUUAAAUAAAAACAAAAUUGCUUGUAAAGUGUCUACUAAGUCUUCAGUUACGUUUAAAAUGUAUACAUGAAUGUGUUGUGAUAAAAUAAAACUAAUAAAAUUAAAUGCAAUUAAAAUUUAUAAGUGCUAUUGCUGUUAGAAGUUUGAAUUAAAUGUCAAAAAGAUAAUGAUAAUAACCGAAGGCGCGAGUGUUGUGUAUUAAGUGAACUUAUAGACUAAAGUUAAAGUUACAACAUAAGUAAAUAUAAAGUGACCGUGAAAUAAUUUGCAAGUUUGGUACGGCGGCUCUUGAUUACCAUACGACUAUGGCGGGUAGCUGCCGGUGGCUCUUUUGGGCCCUAGCACUCUGUGCAGUGCAGAUGGUGCUGUGUUCUAACCAGGAGGCAGUUGAAGAUACAGUCGCGCACGCCUAUGUGCCAUCAUGGAUGUACAAGUGUAUGCCAGAAGUGGGUUGCGAGCGGACCACGCACCCUCAACACGAGACCUUGAGGAACGUCUCCACAAUGAUGUUCAACAGCCUGGAUGUCUGCCGAACUGUUUGUGGCAGGUUCGGGGGACUCUGGCCACGGCCCGUCACGGCCGCCAUUGGAAUGCAGACUGUUAAGAUACAUCCUAAUUAUAUCAGAUUCGACUUACAAAGCGUGCCAACAGAAGCUCUGUCUCUGAUGGUGGAAAUGACGAAGCUCGUGGCUCCAGCCUUAGUGGCCGAGUGUGAUGGAGAGGUGACAGACAUUGUGGAGACUCCCGUCAUGGUUUACCUCAACGUGAAGAGUGGCAACACCUCGCUUACUUGGGGCACUAGUGAAGAGUAUAAGCUUGAUGUGCAGACUAAAGAAAACCAGAUCUUAGUUCACGUGAACGCCGAAACGAUAUACGGCGCGCGCCACGCUUUGGAAACCUUCACCCAACUUGUAGCUUCUGACAAACCCACCUUCUCCGACCAGCAUGAAUGCAGCCUCCGUCUCGUGUCUGGUGCUAAGAUCCGAGAUAGACCUGUCUACCCGCACAGAGGUCUUCUACUUGAUAGCAGUAGACAUUUUAUACCCAUGGAAGAUGUGAAAAGGACAAUAGACGGCAUGGCUAUGAAUAAAUUGAAUGUAUUCCACUGGCAUGUUACUGAUACGCACAGUUUUCCUUUGGAGUCUACUAGGGUGCCGCAGUUUACAAGGUAUGGUGCAUACUCGGCGAAAGAGAUCUACACAGCAGAAGAAGUUCGGGAGCUGAUCAAGUAUGCUCAGGUGCGCGGAAUUCGAGUGGUCAUAGAAAUCGACUCGCCCGCACACGCUGGCAAUGGCUGGCAGUGGGGACCGGAAUACGGUCUAGGGAACCUAGCAGUUUGCGUGAACAAGUGGCCUUGGCGCAGUUUAUGCGUGCAGCCGCCGUGUGGACAGAUGAACCCCGCCAACCCGGCGCUGUACCGGGUGCUCGGAGACUUGUACAAGGACAUCGCUGAGGCUUUACCGGCACCGGCGCUGCUCCAUGUCGGAGGUGAUGAGGUUUACGUCGAAUGCUGGAACACAACAGAAGAGAUCACAGACUACAUGAAAGAGCAGAACUAUGACCCGAACACAGACGGUUUCUUCAAGCUGUGGGCGGAGUUCCAUCAGAAAGCCUUGAAAGCUUGGGACGAGGCACUUGAGUCUGUCGGAACUCCUAAACAACCCGUCAUGCUGUGGUCUUCUGAACUCACGCAGGCGCAUAGGAUCUUCAAACAUCUUGAUAAAGAUAGAUACGUAAUUGAAGUCUGGGAGCCUGUCAGCAGUCCCCUACUGCACCAGCUGAUAAAAAUGGGGUACAAAACGGUAUCCAUUCCUAAGGACAUCUGGUACUUAGACCGAGGCUUCUGGGGGAACACCAAGUAUAACAAUUGGAGGAGCAUGUAUUCACAUACCCUGCCCAGAGGUGAUAAGUUCCUGGGAGGAGAAGUCGCUAUGUGGACUGAAUAUAUUGAUGAACAGGGUCUAGACACUCGCAUCUGGCCGCGUGCUGCGGCAGUGGCGGAGCGCCUGUGGACGGACCCCACGGCCAGCGUGUACGUGGCCGAGCCGCGCAUGCAGCGCCAGCGCGCGAGGCUCAUCAAGCGCGGGCUCAGCGCCGACGCCAUCUCGCCCGCCUGGUGCUCCCAGCACGACGGUAAGUGCUUCUAGGAACAUUGCCUCACUGGAGACAAAGAGACAGACACGCCUUGAUAGAUAGAUGAUAUCGUAUUAAAAAGUUAGGUGCCAGCCUUUUUAAACCGGCAGAUUUUCUAAACGACUGUAAAAUCAUACUGUAUAAAACUUUCACUGAAAGCGACAUAACUUUUAAUGAGACACAUACACAGAAGAAUAUCAAUAAUUAAUUGAAUAUCUGUAUUAUAUUUUUAAUAACCACAAAAGUGGUCGGGCCUUUUUAGCCAUUUACUAAGAUUCGAAAUGAUCACCAUAUUCAUGUGUUCUGUGUGUCAAAUUUGUCUCCAGUCAUGCCCAAUCAGUUUCUUGCACCUAAGUCACUACAAAAUAUAUAGGACUGGCUCUUACCAUCUGUAUCAAAUGUAUACGUAGAAUUUAUGGAACUAUGUACCUAAUAAUUGUAUACUACAGUGCCUUAGAAAUGUUCUAAAAUCAUCAGCAUUAUAUUAUGCAAGAAAUGUCAAACCCAUAGGAAAUAUAUUGUUUUUGAUAGACAUUGAAUUUUAUAUUGCUGGUACACAACAUCAUUUUUUUUAGUUGAAUGAUAUAAACAAAAUAAAUCAUCAAUUUUCUAUGUAACUACGAUGAUGGUAAGACUUAUAUGUCUUGUAUCGAUCUCGACUAUAGGAACUCUCAAAACAAAUAUUUUUCAAUUUAAUUCAUAAUCUAAAAUUAUGAACAAAUGCAAAAAAAGACUUAAAA